CUUAUUCACACUUACAUUUCUUCGUAUUUCUUUGUCUUUGUCUUUAUUUUUUUUUUUUCUGUUCUUCAUCAGCAUUGCAUUGCAUUCUUUCCGCAUACUAUUCUUUUAUAGACAUUCUUUACGCAACGACAUCCCUCAGUUUCAUCGAACUAUCACACACAUAAACAUUAAACAUUAGUACACUUUGCUCUUCGAUAUAUUGAUCCUCUUUUUACGACUAUCAGUCUCAAAAGGAUUACUGCCCUUUCAUAUAACAGCUUCAACAACAUGAGUCAUUCAUCUACGAAUAAUUGGUUCUCUAUCAACCUAAACGAACCACAUAUUGUAAUCCCAGAGGUAUCAAUAUCAGAUCCACAACACCACAGUCUUGAAGGUACCAUCUUCCUUCGCCUCACAAAGCCUACAAAAGUGAAGUCGCUUUCAAUAGUCUUUGUUGGGUACGCAAGGACCUCGUUCUAUCUUGAGACUUCCAAUAUUCCAGGUGCACAACCGUGCUUCGCCCUUGACAAACAUAAUUUCGGGAGUACUCUGGUAGAACAGAAACAAACUUUGCUCCUCAGCGAGUCCAAGGCUCCGCUCAUACUUCCUGUUGGCACUCAUCAGUUCCCAUUCUCUUUACCCAUCAGUUCCCAUUUGCCCGCGGUAAUCACCUCAAAGGACAUUAACAUCGAUUACCAACUCACAGCCUCACUUCAUACGACAUCCAUCCUCCCUUUCUCUUCACCAUUUCAUAUUACAAAGCCAGUCAUACUUCUGCAGAGAGAUGAACUCCCUUCAGAUAAUUUCUUCAACACUGCUGUGAUGCGUAUCUCUUCUGAAGAAGCUGCUCGGCUCUCAGGUCAAAUCAGUAUCCCUUGUUCUGUCCUACCUCAAGCAGCUACAAUCCCAUUAAUGUUGAAUCUAAAUCUCAAAGGAAACGCGACCACAGUGACUAAAAUCACUAUCGAACUACUGGAAUCAAUCUAUUACAUUCGUCCCUCCGCCGAUCAAGUCUUAGUCGACGAGCGAUUAGUUACAAGGCAGAACUGUCCGAUCCAGGACUGGCCUUCGUCCACCCCUGAAGAGCCAGCUCCUAUUAUAAAACGGCUCAUAUUCAGGGUUCCACAAUUGCCGCUUACUCAUUGGUGCAAAUCAGACACAGCCCUUUCGCUCUCUAGUCCUCGAUCGAAACUCGAAAAGGGCUUUUGUCUUGCAUCUGGAACAUAUACAAAUGCAAGUGUUAAAGUGACGCAUUCGAUCCGCUUCGUGAUCCAUUUCACAAGUUUGAGUAAGGAUGCUGAGUCCGUGGUCGAGUAUGGCAUCGCUGAGAAUGAGACAGCGAUCCGGAUUGUGAGUAACCAAGAGUACAAGGAGGACGGAGUAAAUCCUCCAAGUUACUACCGAUCGUUUUCAACGACACUGGUAGAAGGGGACAAGAUCCAUGAAAUUGACCAACAGGCUAUCGAGGCAUUGCAGGACGACUGGCCUUUGGAGAUACUACCGCCCUGCUACGAAGACUAUACUGGAAGUUUUGCUGAAAGUGUUGACCUUGACACCUACGCUGCUGACCUUGCGGCAUACACACAGCGCUAUGCUCAUGCCAGGCCAGUGUUUGCAAUAUGAUGGAUAGUCAGAUUGUUCUACAAUAAAAAAAACCCCCA